GUUUUUCCAGUUUUGCAUGAGUUUUGCCGACGUUGAAAGAAAAAGACGGAAUAAAGUGACUUGCGAAAAUACCAUUAUUUUUCGUUCAUUGAAACAGUGAUAAAAUGGCGUCUGAAACAUUAAUACCACUUGAAUCUAACCCUGAAGUUAUGAAUAAAUUUCUUCAAAAGUUAGGAGUUCCAAACGAUUGGAGUAUUGUAGAUGUUAUGGGUUUGGAUCCUGAAAUGCUUGCUUGGGUGCCUCGCCCCGUUCUUUCGGUUAUGCUGCUUUUUCCCACUUCCGAUGCCUAUGAAGAACAUAAACAAAAAGAAGAAACUGAAAUAUUAUCCAAGGGCCAAGAGGUUGAUAGUGAUAUUUUCUAUAUGAAACAAAAUAUCAGUAAUGCUUGUGGUACCAUUGCUCUUGUGCACAGUGUUGCUAAUAACACUGAUAAAAUUCAGUUGCAAGAGGGUCAUUUGAAAAAGUUUUUAGAAGAUGCUAAAAGCCUUGAUGCGCAGUCACGUGGGACAUUGUUAGAGAAAUCUCAGGGCAUAAUUAAUGCCCACAAGGAAUUAGCUCAAGAGGGCCAAACAAAUACUCCAAGUGCUGAAGAACCUGUAAAUCACCAUUUUAUAUCUUUUAUUCAUAAAAAUGGUGUUUUAUAUGAAUUGGAUGGCCGCAAAGCUUUUCCAAUCAACCAUGGCCCUACUUCACCAGAUACCCUAUUGGAAGAUGCUGCUAAAAUAUGCAAAGAAUUCAUGUCACGUGAUCCUGAUGAAGUUCGUUUUACAGUUAUUGCACUAGCUGCAUCAGAUUAAAAUGCUAAUGCAUAACUAUUUAUAACUGAGCUUGUCUAUAGUAUAACAAGCAAAGGAAGCUAUUACUGCUUUUUAAUGUGCUAGAACCAGAAUAUUCUGAUAUCACUUAGAUACCCAAGUGCAAGCUUUGCAAAGCAAGCAAUGUGAUAAUGUAUGCCUAAAAUGUAUUUAUUUACUUUUAAAUUAAAAACUUGAGAAUACC